CGCGAUCAUCUGCGUCUGCGCGGCGGCGGCGGGUCUUGCACCCUAACCUCGCAAACUUUGAAGAUUAGUUGACAACGAUUGAUUCUAUUGAUUGUUCUCUGAGAAAUAUAAAGUACCGUUGGUCCUAUUAUCUGUUGCCCUUUUCACUAAAGUAUUUUCGAUAGUAAUUUUCUCCAACGAAAAGAUUGCUUAAUUCUUCUGAUUGGAAAUGUCCUUGUUCAAGCCUUCAUCAUAACGUCAUAACACAAAUUUGUUUACCGGACUCUUGUCAAUUAGCUUAAGUCAUGCCUCCUACUAUUCAAACCGGUGCAAAUGCAGAACGGGACAAAGUUCCCGUUAGGCCCGGUGGAGAAAGACGUUCGGAACUAGUCUGUCGAGUGAAAUAUUGCAACACACUACCUGAUAUUCCAUUUGAUCCCAAAUUUAUCCAAUAUCCAUUUGCCUCUACACGGUUCAUUGAAUACAAUCCUACAUCCCUGGAACGUAAUUACAAGUAUGAAGUUCUCACUGAGCAUGAUUUAGGUGUAACAAUAGAUCUUAUUAAUAAAGAUACCUAUGCUGACUCUGGGGCUCUUCUUGACCCUGCCGAUGAAAAACUGCUUGAAGAAGAUGCUCCAACCUUGCAAGACUCAAAAAGAUCCAGGCAUCAUGCUAAAGCAGUAUCAUGGUUGCGUCGUACUGAAUACAUUUCAACUGAACAGACUCGCUUCCAACCUCAAUCUAUGGAUAAGGUUGAAGCUAAGGUUGGCUUCAGUAUCAAGAAGGACAUGAAGGAAGAAACUUUGGCAAUGGAUCGGGAUGCUCAAAUACGUGCCAUUGAGAAAACCUUCGAGGAUGCAAAGCAACCUAUUGAAAAGCACUACAGUAAACCAGGUGUUACAGCUGUUGAAAUUCUGCCAGUCUUCCCAGACUUCAAGGUCUGGAAGUACCCUUGUGCCCAAGUUAUGUUUGAUUCUGACCCUGCUCCAAUUGGACGUCCCGUGCAUUCUCAGAUAGAAAUGAUGUCACAAGCCAUGAUUCGUGGUGUGAAAGAUGAAACUGGAGAACAGUUUGUUGCAUACUUCUUGCCAACAGAGGAAACUUUAGAUAAACGCAAAGCUGAUUUUGUGGCAGAACGUGAAUAUCUGGAUGAUGAAGAGUAUGAAUAUAAAAUGGCAAGAGAAUAUAAUUGGAAUGUGAAGAGUAAAACAUCAGGAAAAGGUUAUGAGGAAAAUUACUUCCUUGUUAUGAGGCAAGAUGGUAUUUACUACAAUGAACUUGAGACGAGGGUUCGUCUCAGUAAACGCAGACAGAAGGCAGGGUCUGCACCCAAUAACACUAGGUUGAUUGUGCGACAUUGUCCAUUGUCAGCUCAAGAAUAUAAAAUGCAGAGGUACCGUGAAAGACAAUUGGAACCACCUAAUGAAGAGGAAGAGGAUGAUGAUGAUGAAGAGGAAGAAGAAGGAGAGCGUGCAGGUACUCCUCAGGAAGGAGGUGCUCAGAGUGGAGAAGAUGGUGGUAAUAAGAGUGAUGGUGAGGCCAGUAACUCCAGCCGGAGAAGCCGUCGCCGGAGUCGCUCAGGAUCUGGAAGUGGAAGUGACGAUGAAAAAGGAUCUGGCCAUUCAAGCUCUCGGUCUGGCUCUGGUUCACGAUCACGAUCAAGGUCCAAGUCUAAAUCAAGAUCACGAUCCCGAUCUAAAUCUGGCUCGAGGUCACGAUCUGCUUCUAGAUCACGUUCUGGCUCAAGAUCAAGAUCAGGUUCCGAAAGCCCAAAACGCAGUCAUAAGAGUGGCAGUGCAAGUCCUAAAAGUCAAAGAAGUGCAAGUGAAAGUCCUGCAAGAAGUGAGAAAAGUGGUGCGAGUAGUCCUGCUAGGAGUAAGGGAAGUCCAGCUAGAAGUACCUCUGGUAGUCCUGCGAGGAGUGCAAGAAGUGCCUCACGAAGCCCUGCGAAAAGUAGGUCUGGGAGUGGAAGUGGAUCAGGAAGUGGAAGUGGCAGCGAUAGUGGUUCAGGCAGUGGCAGUGGUAGUGAUAGCGAUUAGUUUUAAUUUAGCCAAAUAUAUUGUAUACUUUGUAUUCAUCUAUGAAACAGAUCAGAUAGAGGCCAGUCUGUUAGAUCAUCAGCUCUGAUGUAGUAUGUUUUCUAAUCAAGCUCUGAUUGAUCCUACUCUACCAUGGUUUACGAAAGAUAGGGGAAAUGUUUUUAUAAUAUAAGACGUUGUAAACUUCACAGGCACAAGUUAAAGGUACGUUGCUGAUGUUAUUUGUGCUUCUGAUGUUGAGAAAUUGAUGUGCUUAGAUUAUAUACUGGCAACUCAAAAAAAAAAAAGGAUGUAUAUUUUACAUUUUGGUUUAUUAAACAGAAAAAAAGAAAUAUUUGA